UGGAACCAAAAAAAAAGAAAAAGAAAUCGGUUCUAUUCUUGACUUGAAGUUUAUUGCUCCAAUGAAUUAUUUUGAAAGAUUGCCAGAAGGCUGCAUAUUGGAAAUUCUUUCACACACAACUCCAGUAGAUGCAGUGAGAUCAUGCAUUUUAUCAAGAGGAUUCAAGUCUGCUUUAGAAUCAGAAAUUAUUUGGGAAAGAUUUUUGCCUUCUGAUUAUCAAGAAAUAAUUGAAAGAUCAGAGUUUUCUCCUUCUGUUUGUACAACCAAAAAAGAGCUUUAUUUUCGUCUGUGUGAAUCUCCCAUUCUUCUUGAUGGUGGCAAACUGAGUUUUUCACUUGAUAAGCACAGUGGGAAGAAGUGUUUCAUGGUAGCACCAAGAGAGCUUAUAAUUUCGUGGGGAGAUAACUUAAACCAUUGGCAAUGGAAGCCUCAUCCGGACUCUAGAUUCUCUGAAGUUGCAUCUCUUAGUUCUGUACGUCGGUUGGAUAUCCGCGGAAAGAUAGGAACCAAAAUGUUGUCACCAAAGACAGAUUAUAGUGCUUAUUUAGUGUACAAAUUGGUUGAUAAUCCCUAUGGCCUUGAAUCUGCCAAUGCAAUUGUUAGGUUUGUUGAUUAUGAGAGUGACACUGAUACUGAAAAUCAAGCCAAUACUGUGAAACUCGAAACAUUGCCCGAAAGUAGAAGGAAUGGAGGCUAUUUACAGUUUAAAAAUGGAAAGUUUGCAAGUAUGAGAGCAGAUGGAUGGAUGGAAGUAAAAAUGGGAGAUUUCAAUAGCAAGAAAGGCGGCGAUGGACCUGUAGAAGCGCGAUUAAUUGAGAUAAAACGUCUUCAUUUAAAAGGCGGCCUCAUUGUUGAAGGAAUUGAGUUUCGCCCCAAAUAAUAGAAUAGAAGUUGUGAUAAUGUAGUUGAGGUGCGUUCAAGUUGGGUUGAUUCAUUCUUGCCCAAAAGAGACGUCUUGAUUACAUUGGGCGGAGGCUAAUUUAUUUUAUGUAUAAAUAUUAAGUGUUGAAUCCCCCGUGACUUCUUUGUAUGUUUACUUUUUCUAUCAAAAGAUUAAAUCUUCU